AGACAAAGCUUCCAGGUGUAGAUUUCUACUUUCACUUGUUAGCUUGACAAUUUAAUCAGGGUACUUUCCCCACAGACAAUACUACACAGACAAGAACUCUGAGAUAAUAAAUAAGAAGAUUAACCAACUGCAGAAGUGCCUUUUGGCAGUCUUUUGGUGGCUUGCUUCAGACCUUCAUUAAGCCUUCAUAAUGUCCGACAUUAAAGAAGACAGUGAUAGUGAAGAUGACAGGAGUUCAAUGGAAAGGCCAGUGAAUUUUGCUGUUGUUACCUUGCAAGAUACAGAUGAAGUCAUGGUGGCAGCAUCAGAAUGGUUGAACACAGACAAGACACAAUGUCAAUGGCCCCCAUUCAGAUCAGCUGGGAAGCUCAUGCAAGCUGUUAGAAACAGAAUUGCGCCUUCAGCAGCAUGGGAACUGUUAAAUAUUCACUUUCAUGCAGAAUAUGAGACUUAUGAAGAGGCUAUAAACAAACAAGAGGAACUUGUACAAGCACAGAAAUAUGGUAUGUAUGCAGCGAUAACUCUUCAAGAAUCAAAAGAGCUGACUGUGGUACCAACAAGCUGGAUAAAUGAACAAAAGACACAAUGUUACUGGCCUCCAUUCAAGUCACCAGAGAAGUGCUUAGAAGCUGUAAAGAACCGACAUGAACCUGAAAAAGGAGAAAAACCUUGGGAGAUGCUAAAUAUUGACUUUCAUAAAGCAUAUGCUACCUAUGAGGAGGCAAAAGAGAAACAUGAAACAGUUAGUGACCAGAAAGAACAGUUUUCAGAAAAACGAACACCCCAGAUCCCAAAGUCUCUACUGAUGUCACCGUCCACUCAAAGUAUUGGAAUUAAAAGAAAACGUGGUGAGUCACCGGGUAUUGGAGCGCCAUCACUGCUGACCACAUCAGAUAUGGGCAUCGUGAAGAAAACAGAGCAGAUAAUGAAACGUGUCAAUGCUAGCAUUGAAACAACAGAGAUCACUGACCAAUCUAUGGUUACAUUAAAAUCCUACAUUGUAGAGGCCAUUUCAAAGAUAACUAUCGAAAACAGGAAAAAAACAACUAUUGGGAUUUUUGGGAAAUCAGGAGAAGGAAAGAGCACUUUAUUAAGUGCAAUCCUGGGUAAAGAGAAUCUACUUCCCUCGGGCAGUUUUGGUGCAUGCACAGCUGUUGUGUCUCAAGUGGAAGCAAAUCUGAGUGACUUCAACUACACAGCAGAGAUCGAAUUCAUUUCUAAAGAGGAAUGGGAGAAAGAGCUUCAAGAUCUUGUCAGUGUUUUGUCGGAUGACAGUGAGGACAGGGAUGAUGACAUGAUGGAAAGUGCUGUAGAAAAGAUCACUGCACUGUAUGGAAAAGAUGCAUAUAAGAAAACAUUAGAAGAGCUCAAAAUCAUGAAUAUAUAUGCUAAAAUGUAUAACCUUUCGCCCAACAAUAACAUAACCAUCUCAAAAUGUAAUGCCUCUGAAUUUGCCGAUGAUGUUGCAUGCUACAUACAACAUAAUGAUUUAAGUCCUGGUGGUUGGUUCUGGCCGCUUGUGAAAAGCGUGAAAAUUAAGAUUCCGAACUUUCGUGAACUCUUGGAGCACAUUGUACUGAUUGAUCUUCCUGGUAGUGGAGACUGCAACAAGAUCAGAGAUGACCUCUGGAGAUCUAAACUAAGAGAUUGCUCUUCUGUGUGGGUUGUAAGUGCCAUCAGUCGAGCCACUACUGAUAAAGGUCCAUGGGAGAUGUUAAAGCACUGCAUUGAAGAGCUGGGACCUGGAGGGGAAUGCAAAAGCAUAAACUUCAUCUGUACAAUGACUGAUGACAUUGAUCAAAAAGAGUAUUGCAAAUCAACACGGCUUCCUGACACGACUUCGAUAGCAGACUGUAUACUUCACAGAAAUGACAGUACCAAGAACAAAAUGGAAGAAAAAUUUGAACAUUUGAAUCCUGGAAUCAAAAAACUGAUGGAGAAAUUCAGCAUGGAUGUUUUUACUGUAAGUUCCAAGACUUUCUUCGAGCAGAAUCCAGUUGUGCAAAAACCUGACACAGAAAUCCCAAAGCUGCAGGAUGUUCUGAAGAAUCUUAACAAGAGCAUCAACCGAGAACUGGCCAGAGAUUAUGUCAAUGAAGCCAUGGGAGUUUUGUCCUUGAUACAAAGUUUCCUACCAAGUACAGAUGAAGCAGUGAUAAAAACCAAAUUCCAUGAUGACCUAAAGAAAAAUCUAAAUGAGGCACUGAAUGAGCUGGAACGUCAGUUUGAUUUCAUUCAAAAUAAUCUGGAUCAAUGUCUUUCAAAUGGUGUAUUAGAGUCAGUGCAACAAUGUCUUGAGAAUGCAAGGGCAGAACUGAUUGAUCCUGAAACAGAUAAUAGAGGAUAUCAUAAAAUUCUUAAAGCUUUGUGCAAGAAAAAUGGCCAUUAUUGGUCAAGAAACUGGGAGGUGACCCUAGAUCUCAACAAGUGUUUGGCCCGUCACAUGAAGGAAAACAUAUCUGAAGAGUUCUCUAUUAUUUUUUCUGUCAAUGAAAAAUCUGGAAAAUCACUCAAAGAACAUCUUGAUAAAUUCAGUAUAAUCCAAAGAGACAAAACAUAUCACAGAUCUUCAAUGUUUCAUCACAUUCAGAACUUCAUCAAAACUCAGGAAACCAAACUCAAGGCAUCAUGCAGCAGAGAAAUCCUUGAGAAAAAGAAGGAAAUGUACGCCUCAAUUGAAACUACCAUCCAGACAAAAAUGACUCCUUGCUAUGGAAAAGCAGCAAAAGUAUCAGGAAAAGGAUCAUUCAUGAAAAUGCAGAAUAUUCUCACAGAAACAAUUGAGUCAUUAAAAGAAGAAAUGUUCAGUGAAGUUAAAGAGGAAGUGCUUAAAAAAUUCAGAACCUUGAAGCUGUACAUAAAAGAUUACCUGGAAUCUGAGCUGAACAAAUCAAUUGAACUCUUUCUUCUCACAACCAACACAACUCUUUUUGAUGUUUCCAGAGAGAUUGAAGAUCUUGAGAAACUUUCAAAUCAGCUGUCUUAAUGAAAUCAUUGAGAGAAGAAAUGCACUAUUCAAGGGAUGUGGAAUGUGGGACAGAUUGUUUUGUUAUUUUGUAUCUAAACUAAAGCGUGCCUUCUUAAUAGGUUAUUUCAUAUGAAUUUGUUAUGGUCUGUUUGCCUUUUUGGUAGCUAUUUUUUACAUUUUAAGUGUUCAAAUUUUUAAGCAUGAUGUAAACAAUUAUAUCUUAUCAACAUAUAUUUUUACUUUAACAUAACAAAUUAAAUUAAACAAUUUCAACUUGUUUUUCUAAGUUAUGUCAACUUAUCACAAGUCAAAACUUAAAAAGUAGGCUGAUUCGAAUUUUUUACAGUGAUUUUUUUUAUUCUGGAGGUGUUUUUGUGAAGAUUUAUUUUACUUGCAAAUGACCAUAUUCCUUAUUACUUGGUUAAAGUUAUAUGAUAUCCAGUUAGUAGGCAAUCUAGUGAUGUCAUUUUUUGUUACUGUGUAGCUGGAGUCAAUUUUAUAUAAAGGCUUCAUUAAGGCCAAUAGGGGUUAAACCAUUCCAAGUGUUUAUAGACUUUUCUGUUUAGCCUUGCAAUUAUGUUUUAUGUCUGUUUUGGGACAAUGAUACUUCAUAACUUUCCACAAAAUAAAUGUGAAAAAAUGUGAUGUUUUCUAAACAGCCAUUAUUAUAAUUGUCAUGUUUGAUUAAUAAGCAGUGUGAAGUGGGA